AUGCUUGUGUCUUUACUUCUGAGAGCACAGAUCAGUGACCCAGACCACUCAGCCAACAACAGGGAGCCAGCUGGGGUCUUGCCCUGCGUCCCUGUGAAGGAUGUCACCAGAGAAGAUAGGGUGGAGCCUCCCUGUGGAGCCGAUGCUCCCGAGGGACCAUCUUCUCAGUUCCUGCAGAAGUGGUGGGGAAGUGAGGGGAAGGACUCAGAGCCCCCAGCCCAGGCUCUUUUCUACUCUGCCCAGGGCAUCUCUAAAAGCCCCUGCCCAGCGCCCAGGGCCCCGGCCUGUGAUCCACACACCUUGACUGUGCCUUUUAUUGUGGUCAAGCCAGCACUCACUGCUGAGGGAACAACUUUGCCACCUUCUCUCCUCUGCCCAAGAACAUCCUCCCUGCUCAGCCAAAGCCACUUCCCGAGUUCAAAGAGGUAA